CGGCGCCCACGUUUCCACCAUUAGCGAGGCCUCACACCCGGCGCUCCAAGUUCGGGGCUGGAGGCGUCCCGGCUUCCUCCCUCCCGGAGGCGGGACCGGCCCCGCCCCCGCGCCCCGGGUCUCUCCCGGCGGCCCCUCCCACCUCCUAGUCCUGGCCUCCCCGGGCGCAGCGCACUCCCCGUCGGCCGCAGCCUGACACGCCGCGCGGCCCCCCAGUCUCUCGCGGCCGCUCCCCCAGGCAUGGCACAGGGCCUCGCCUCACUAUGGCAGCAGCACGGCACAGCACGCUCGACUUCAUGCUCGGCGCCAAAGCUGAUGGUGAGACCAUUCUAAAAGGCCUCCAGUCCAUUUUCCAGGAGCAGGGAAUGGCGGAGUCGGUGCACACCUGGCAGGACCAUGGCUAUUUAGCAACCUACACAAACAAGAAUGGCAGCUUUGCCAAUUUGAGAAUUUACCCACAUGGAUUGGUGUUGCUGGACCUCCAGAGUUACGAUGGUGAUGCGCAAGGCAAAGAAGAGAUCGACAGUAUUUUGAACAAAGUAGAAGAAAGAAUGAAAGAAUUGAGUCAGGACAGUACUGGGCGGGUGAAACGAUUACCACCCAUAGUGCGAGGAGGAGCCAUCGACAGAUACUGGCCAACCGCUGAUGGGCGCCUGGUUGAAUAUGACAUAGAUGAAGUGGUAUAUGACGAAGAUUCACCUUAUCAAAAUAUAAAAAUUCUACACUCGAAGCAGUUUGGAAAUAUUCUCAUCCUUAGUGGGGAUGUUAAUUUGGCAGAGAGUGAUUUGGCGUAUACCCGGGCCAUCAUGGGCAGUGGCAAAGAAGAUUACACUGGCAAAGAUGUACUCAUUCUGGGAGGUGGAGAUGGAGGCAUAUUGUGUGAAAUAGUCAAACUAAAACCAAAGAUGGUCACUAUGGUAGAGAUUGACCAAAUGGUGAUCGAUGGGUGUAAGAAAUACAUGCGAAAAACGUGUGGCGAUGUCUUAGACAAUCUUAAAGGAGACUGCUAUCAGGUAAUUAUGUUUUCUGGAUAAUAUAGUUUUAAGUCA